UUGGCCCAAGCUCAGAGACGGGGAAACAGGCCAGAGAGGGGACGGGGUCGCCCAGGAGACUCCGUUGCAGAGGCCCCGUCCGAGCUAGGCUCAAACGCGGUGCCCUAGCAUUGGACAUUUAUGUAUUUAUUUAUUUUGGCUGGAGUGCAGUGGUGUGAUCUCUGCUCACUGCAGCCUCCGCUUCUCGGGUUCAAGCGGUUCUCCUGCCUCAGCCCCCCACCGAGUAGCUGGGACUGCAGGUGCCCACCACCACGCCCUGCUAAUUUUUUGUAUUUUUAGUAGAGACGGGGUUUCAUCGUGUUAGCCAGGAUGGUCUCGAUCUCCUGGCCUCAAGCGAUCCACCUGCCUCGGCCUCCCAAAGUGCUGGGAUUACAGGCGUGAGCCACCGCGCCUGGCCAGCGUUGGACAUUUAGAUCGUUUCUGCCAACCCAACCUGUCUGGACAUUGACACACUGGCCAGAUUCCCGUGUUUGGACGUUCUGGAUCCGACCAGGCCACUGAAAUCCGAGUGCUGGGGUACUGCUGCCAGCUGGUUGGUGGGGUUCUGGUUGAACAGUGUCCCGCCAGGUCCGAAGUGGGGACACGUCUGUUGGUGGUGUCCACCCAACUCAGCCACUGCAGGACCAUCUUGCGACUCUUUGAUGACCUGCCCAUGUUUGUCUACACUAAGCAAUACGGCCUGGGGGCACAGGAGGAGGACGCCUUUGUCCGCUGGGUCUCCGUCCUAGGGAACCUGGCCGACCAGCUCUACUAUCCCUGUGAGCACGUCGCCUGGGCAGCUGAUGCCCGGGUCCUCCACGUGGACUCUUCCCGGUGGUGGACGCUGAGUACAGCCUUGUGGGCCCUCUCUCUGCUCCUGGGGGUUGCCAGGUCCCUGUGGAUGCUGCUGAAACUGAGACAGAGGCUGCGGAGCCCCACGGCGCCCUUCACCAGCCCGCUGCCCCGGGGCAAGCGGAGGGCCAUGGAGGCGCAGAUGCAGUCGGAGGCGCUGUCACUUCUCAGCAACCUGGCCGACCUGGCCAACGCCGUGCACUGGCUGCCCCGGGGCGUGCUGUGGGCCGGCCACUUCCCGCCGUGGCUGGUGGGCCUCAUGGGCACCAUCUCCUCGAUCCUCAGCAUGUAUCAGGCGGCCCGGGCUGGCGGCCAGGCCGAGGCCACUACCCCCUGACACUGCCGGAAGAGCACAGGGACACAGCCAGAGCCCACGGAGGGCCCUUCCUGCAAAGCAGAAGCCGCCAGGGCAGGGGCCGUGGCUCUCACGGAGCUGCCUGUGGCGAAACCCAUGGGCAGGGUGGGUGGAGGGACUGAUGCGAGGUCCCCCAGGCCUCAGCCUGGAGCUCCUCAGCCGUGACAGUUUUCAGGGGCCGUGGAGGGCUUCAGCAGCACCUCCUGCCUGCCAGCUGGCGUCUUGUAUCCAAAUCAAGAUGCGGAGAAGGGAGCCCAUCGUGCCUUGAGAAAGCUGGAACGGGAAUCAAUUAAACAUUGUGGUGCUGGCA